UUUUUCGCGGAGUCAUCAAUCCACCAGUCAUCGUCUCGUCGUUCGCUGUUCGGUGGAAAAGAGAAAACUGUAAUGUUUCAUGGCGAAUCCUUGAAUUCACCACCAAAAUGGACGGCAUUACUUCAUCCCCGUUUUUGAGUACUUACACUCAAAGCGUUUUAUCAACUGAAUUACCGAAUGCUUCACACUUUGAUAAUACAUCGAAGCAUGUCUCGGAGCAGUUCUUGUUCCUUGAAACAAAGUGGGCUCAAGUGUUUACUGGACUAGUUGCUUUCACAGCCAUUCUUGUUACCUGUCAUCAAAUCUAUUUACAUUUAAUUAAUUAUACAUGCCCAAAUGAACAAAGAUGGGUUGUGCGUAUUUUAUUCUACGUACCAAUUUAUGCAUUUGAAUCAUGGCUUAGCUUGUUGUUUCUAAAGCAUGAAGACUAUUAUGUCUAUUUUGAUUCUGUACGAGAUUGUUAUGAAGCUUUUGUGGUUUACAGUUUCUUAAGUUUAUGUUAUGAAUAUCUCGGUGGAGAAAGUUGUAUCCUGUCAGAGAUUAGAGGUCGUGAAUUACCACGUUCAUGGGCGUUUUGCACAUGUUGUUUUUAUGGUCAAACGUAUACAAUAGAAUUUCUACGAUUCUGUAAACAGGCAACUCUACAAUUUUGUAUCAUUAAACCGUUAACAUCGAUUGUGACAAUUAUUUUACAAGCUAUUGGAGUUUAUAAACACGGAAUUUUCAGUGCUACAAAUGGUUAUUUAUAUGUAACAGUAGUAUACAAUGCAUCUGCAUUUGUCGCCCUAUACGCUUUAGUGUUAUUCUAUUUGGCUACACGAAGCAUCCUACAACCAUUCGAUCCAGCGAUUAAAUUUGCUGUAGUGAAGUCUGUUGUAUUUUUGUGUUUUUGGCAAGGUGUGGUAUUAGCUAUCCUGGAAAAGGCUGAGGUACUUCCAGCUUUACCGAAUACAAAUGCUGGUACAGUUGCAGCUGGAAUACAAAAUUUCUUGAUUUGUUUAGAAAUGUUUGCGGCUGCAGUCGCUUUGCGAUUUGCAUUCCCCUCACAAUUAUAUUCUGAUGGUAUUGGUACAGGACCGACAACAUUCGGCGGAUAUGAUAGUCUAGGCGGAGGUAACGGUGGUGAUGUGCUUCAUGAAACAAAGAAACGUGGAUUUUUACCAUCAUCUGAUUCUCUGCGCAGUUUAAAGGAUACAUUCAAUCCUAAAGAUAUGCUGAAUGAUGCUAUUCAUAAUUUUCAUCCAAGUUAUCAAAAGUAUACACAACAACGUAAUCCAAAAGAUGAUUUCGAUGAUGAACCAACUGAUUCAUAUCAAGGUGAUGCGCUUACCCCUUAUAAAGAACAAGACAAUAGCAUACAAUCAACUGUACCUGCUCCGCCGAUACCUCCACCAAUUCAAUCCCAUUAAGAUUGAGAGAGAUAGUCCCUUUCUAUGCUAUUGAGGAAUACGAGACGAAGCCGUAAUUGAUUAACUGAUUGACUGACCGAUUGACUCCUUUAUUUAUUUAUCGAUUUAUUUAUUCUUUCAUUCAUUUUUUAAUGUCUCUUGCGUUUUGUCUUUGUGUGUGUGUGAUGUGCGUUUGUCUCUGGUAUAUUUCAUGUUACCACCUCAUAUCUCCAUCUCUCUCUCCAUCGCUCACGUUCUCCCCUUCGAAAUCCCCUGAUCUGUGCAUCCAUCUGUCUACCUUCAAUAAUUAUGAAAGAUUACUGUUAUGAAAAUUAUUAUUAUUACUGUCAUCGAUAUCAUUAUUAGUAAACAAAAUAUUUUCAUGUUUUUUAAGAUUUUCUUCAGAUAAGCUAAUUUUUAUUAUCGUCAUUCUCAUCACUGACAUCAUCAUCGUCAACAUCAACAUUGUCAUUGAUAUAUUGCAGCAGUAUUCUUUGAUUUCUAUUUCUUUAAGCUUUCAGAUUUCCCCUGUGUUGUCUUGUGUUUCUGUUGUGUGUGUGUGUGUGUGUUGACUUUCUAUCUUGAUUAAUUUCAUUGUUCUGUGCAUUUGAUACGCUUAGGUGGUAAUAUGAUCAAAUAUAUACAAACUAUUGUAUAGAUCUAUAUGAAAAAGAUCAAUUAUUGUUUCUGAGGUCUCAUUCAAUGACACUUUUCAAUUGCUUUUAGGUAUAUGUGUAUAUUUGUGUUUGUGCUUGUUUCUCUGUGUGCAUGUGUGUGUGUGAGUGUGUGCGUGAAUUACACUAACACAGUACUCUAUAGCUUCUUCUACAUCCUUUAUCCAUUGUCUCGUUGUGAUGUGGUAAUCUUGAGUUAUUGAGACAUUUCCCAAGGGAAUAAAUAAUCCAUAUAUUGAUUGAUUCAUUCUGAUCCAUUCAUUAUCAUCAACACCAACAACAACAAAAAAGAGGUAGGUUGAGGACUUCACAUCUUUCACACCCAUCUACAAUUGAUCUUUUACGUUCUUGCCGUUGUUGGUGCUAUCGUUGGUUUCGUUGUUGCUGUUGGUUCUAUUUUCAUGAUCAGAUUUUUUUUUCAUACAUACAUACAUGCAUAGAUACAUUUAAACAUAUUUUUCUGUUUCUUUCUCCCCUUCUUCUUUUUUGUCGAAAAUAUUGCAUCAUAAUGACCCACCGCUCUUAUACCUCUGUGAUUGAUUUAGAUUAAAUUAAAAUUCAUCAGUGAUUGAUUGAUUGUGCUUCUGUGAUACAUAUUUAGCCAGACUUCUUGCGCGCACACGCAUGCACACACUGGCAGCAGUGAAAUGUGUGUGUGUGAAGCUAUAGUAUCCCUGUGUGUUGUCUGAUUAUUAUUCACUAUGAUUAUGGUGAUGAUGAUUAUAAUGGUGAUAAUGUCAUUUGUGUGGCUUUUGAUUACAAUCAAAUAUAAAUCAUUAAAUAAAUUUAUGUGUGUGUGUGGGUGUGUUAUGGUUUUUUUGGCUUUGAUCAUGAGUGGACAUCAUUUAAAGAAUCAUUGGGAAACCACUGAGGAGUAAUGGACAGGGCAAAGUUAAACAAUAGCUUCGCAAGAGAUAUGAAUGUACGAGUGACCUAGAGCUGACUAGUCAUAAAAAUGAGUGAUUUUAUAGAGGAUUUCAUCAUGAGCUGACAUCAGUUAGAGAAUCACUGAAAAACCUGCAGGGAGUACUGGACAGCUGUUUCGUCAGCCUAGUUCAGGAUGUCUUGCUAAGCAGGAGAGAAGAUGGGUCACUUGAGAGAAGUGUGUACAGAAAAAGCACAUUCACAGGGCAAUACACACACUUUCUUAGUUACGUGCGCAUUAAAUAUAAAAGGAAUCUUGUAAAAUGUCUCGCGAGCAGAGCAAGGAAGACAUGUACGGAGGACCUCUUACAAAAGGAAUUUGAAUAUAUCCACGAUUCCUUGACGGAGAUGGGUUAUCCGAGUAUUUUUAUAAAGAAACAUAUGAGAACAUCAGAGAAAAAACCUGUGACUCUGACUGCACAUAAGAAACCUCUAUUUAUUAAGUUACAAUUUAAUGGUGACUUAUCUAGUGAGAUUCUAUUCCAAAGACUUUCAAGGCGUAUACGUAGAACAUUUUACGCAGCACACCUAUGUUUGUCAUUCUCUAGCCGACGAAUGAUUGGGACGCAAACGAAGGAUAAGUUAGAUAGUUUUGUCACAUCUAUGUGCAUUUAUCAAUUCAACUGCACCUGCGGUGACAGUUAUGUUUGGCACAGUACUACUAGACAGCUUUGACAACGUGUUAGUGAACAUCUCUCAUCGUGAUUUGGCAAAGGAUAGACAAAAACAAUCCGUAGCUCAAUUCUGUCACAUUUAAUUGAUAGUGGUCAUGUAGUCGAUAAAACGAAAGCCUUCAAAGUAAUUCAUCGUAUCCCACCGAAUCUUUCUAAUAGACUUCGUAUUCGUCUACUGCACACAGCUGACGCGAUAGGCAUUCGAACUAUUAAACCUAAACUAUGCAUUCAAAAGAAGUUCGUGCAGCCAUUAUCCCUCCUGUGGCCUAAUAAGACAUAACCAACUAAAGACUUCUACACCACCCCUUGUUUAAAUUUUCAACCCCUCCCUCUCUUAUCAUCCCUUAAUCUUAUCUUAUCUUCAUUAUAAACGUGUUUCAUUUCCUUCCCUUACAAUCUAACAUUACGUAAUCGGUUCAUUUGUUUUUACUAGCCUUUAUCGACUACUUCCAUCUGAACAAUUGUUUGUUUAAUCAUGCUGUUUUUUCAUUAUUCGUGUUAUCACAGAUUGCCUCAUUUUUCAUCCUUAUUAUUGAUAAGACCAUUAUUAUUAUUAAUAUUAUCAUUACUACUAUUAUG